GACCCAUCCCUCCCUCGACGCCCUUGCGCCUCUUCUGGGACCUCAGCGGCCUUGCUCUGAUCAUGUACGACAUUUGCGCGAUUCCCUUGGAAGCCUUCGAGUUCCCCAGGACACUGUUUCACGACCUUAUGGACUGGGUUGCUUUGAUCUUCUGGACGGUGGACGUGGUGUUCAGCUUCGUCACGGGCUAUUACUACAAUGGGCAACUCGUUCUGGACCCCCACAAGAUUGCAAUCCACUACCUGACCACAUGGUUUUGCUUCGAUAUUGCCGUCAUCGUACCUGAGUGGCUUACCAUGGUCGCCGGAUCCGAUGCCUUGAGCUUUGCUGGGAUCGGCCGUGCAUUGAGGCUUGGGAAAGCCAUGCGCGUGGUCAGGCUGUUGCGCGUGCUGAAGCUCAGGCGCAUCCUGGAUGCCGUCCUGGAACGAAUUCAAAGCGAGUUCACUUUUCUCCUCAUUUCGCUCUUCCGCUUGCUAUUCUUCAUCAUGCUGCUGAACCAUGUCAUCGCGUGUCUGUGGUACCUGAUUGGCAAGGAGACGCUAGCAUCGGAGAUGGUCAACUGGAUUCAGGAGGGGAAAUACGAGGACGAGGACCAAACCUACAAGUACUUCACAUCCCUCCACUGGGCGCUGACUCAGUUCACGCCCGCCUCGAUGAACGUGAGUGCUACCAAUGUCUACGAGCGGAUUUUCUCCAUCGCCGUGCUUUUCUUCGCCAUGGUGGCGUUUUCGUCCAUUGUGGGAGGCGUGACGGCCUCCAUGACCCAGCUGCAGAACUUGCGAAGCAACCACAUGAAGCAGUUCUGGAUCCUGCGCCGCUAUCUGAAGCAGAAUGGUGUCGGCAAGGAGCUACAGUUCCGCAUCGAGAAGUUCCUUGAGUACCAAACGGCCAAGGAGGCAGAGCACGUGCAGCCAGCCAUGGUCGCACACCUCGCGAAGCUGUCGCAGCCGCUGAAGAACGAGUUGCAGUACACCAUCAUGGUGCAGUGGCUGCGCGGCCACCCCUUCUUCUCCAAGAUCUGUACCCACAUGCCAAACUUCAUGCACAAGCUCUGCAGCACGGCCAUCAAGGAGAAAGUUCUGGGCAGCGGAGACAUCGUCUUUGAGGCUGGAGAGGAGUGCAGUCAGGUGUACUUCCUCAGCGCCGGCUUGAUCCUCGAGUACACGCACAUUCGGGAGACAGCGGAGACAUCCAACAGGCUGCACUCGAAGCAAUGGAUUUCCGAGCCCGCCCUGUGGACCCCUUGGAAACAUCUCGGCGUCUGCGAAGCCGAAAAGCCGGGAGAAAUUAUUUCGGUGGACACGGCGACCUUUUGCAAGGAGAUGUCGGCACACCCGGCACCGAAGUCGUUGUGUGCGGCAUAUGCGAGACUAUUCGUCGAAUGCUUAAACAGCAUGCCGAAGCAGCGGAUGAGCGACGUCUUGGAUCAGACGGUCCUAGACGUGUCCGCAAUCGUCGAAAAGGCGUCCCACGUUGCCGCGGCGCUGGGCUACACCAUGUCGAACAGUGUCGCCCUGAAUUCCCCUUCAUCUGCCCAGCUCUAA